AUGGCGAGCGUGCAGGCGGUGGUGGCACCCGACGCGUCCGGCUUCGCUCUGGCGGGGCAGGUGGGCGCCGCGCUGGAGGCCGUCGAGGGACCCCCGGCUACGACGCCGCCCUCGAGGAGCUGCGCAAGAGCCACGGCCCUCUGGCACCCUGCGGAGGGCCUCGCGACGCCUCUCUCCACCAAUAACGUGCCUGCCAACUGGAUCAUCCACGUCAACGGGGCCCACCCACACUGGCGGCCCGUGGCGGGGUGUGCCGCUAACGGUGCGCUGCGCCCGACAGCUGACACCAACAUCGGGGACAAGCUGACCAAGUCCGUCAAGAACUGUCUGGCCGUGGCCGACCAGAAGAACCUCAAGUCGAUCGCGCUUCCGUCCAUCGGCAGCGGCAAGGGUGGUCUGGAGAAGGCGGACGCGGCCCGCAUCAUCCUACGCGCCAUUCACGACUACUUCGUCAACGUCAUGUCCUCGUCGCUCAAGGACGUCUUCUUCGUGCUCUUUGACGCUGAGAGUCUGGCCGUGUACCGCGAUGAAUUGGCCAAGCUGGACGCCUGAGGUGGCCAAGCUAGACGCCCAAGGUGGCCAGGCUGGACGCCUGAGGUGGGCAGGCUGAACGCCUGAGGUGGUCAGGCUGUCUGAUUGUCCGGUGCCUGUCUAGCUGUGGCCGCUCUGUCCAGCGGCCAGUGCGCGCGGCUCGACAGCUCCGUCAGCUGUGGGGCUGGGCGGCCGAGGGUCGCAUGACUGACAGCUGCUCUCUCCCUGAAAGGUUCCCUGAAAGGCCACCUCGCUUUCUCCGUUUUGAAGUGAGCUGGGCAUCGCUCUUCUCUUCUGAAAAUAGUCUCGUGCUGUCAUAGGUUUCUGUUCACGUCACGUGUCCGUGGUCGCUGACAGCCUUUUGCACCGUACCUUGCCGGGUAUCCACUGCCUUAGAUGUGGAUGAUGCAGUAUGUAGUGCACGGAACUCUGUAGUGGCGGCGGCAUGCAGCUGAGCACAUACGUACGCCCGGCACGCAGUCAGAUAUGUAGACGUUAGAGUUGCAUUGUAGUUUGAUGGCCAGACCUGCUGACGACGACAGGCACGCUCUGGUGAAGCUCACGUACGCCAGCUCGC